AUGAUCGUAUAUCGCUCUCCGUUGCCUGAUAUAUAUGUCCCCAAGGCCAAUUGUGUGGCCCAUUACUUUGAGUCCCCACACCUCGCCCAGUUCCCGAACACCGUAGUCAUGCUUGACUCUUACACGGGUGAGCAGCUCACUGCUUCUGAGCUUCACACCGCAGCACGUCGCUAUAUGGCUCUUUUGGCGCGUCGUUACCGUGUUGUUAAAGGCGACGUUGUCAGUAUUUUCACUAGCAAUUCGAUAUACUUGCAGCCCGUCCAUUUCGGAAUCGUGGGUUUAGGGGGUAUCAUCUGCCCGGCCAACGCCAAUUACACGGUCAGUGAGCUCGCCUACCAACUCAAAAUGACCUCAACCAAGCUGAUUGUAUGCACUGUCAAAAACAUCUCAAUCACCCGCCGGGCGAUCGCUGAAGCGGGCACCAAAACCCGCGUUCUGACUUUGGAGCAGGCCAUCUCCGAUAUCAAACGGCUGCUAGCAGACGAAAGCGCGCUUGAGUUCGACCCUGUUCAGCUCAAUGAUCGCAUUCAUCCUGCUUAUCUGUGCUUUUCUUCAGGAACCACUGGUCUUCCCAAGGCCGUGCAAAUCACGCAUCGCAAUCUAAAUGCCCAGAUUCGACAGCUGGCUGGAACAGGUGGUAGACUGUUUCAAUGUCGCACGCGUACCGUGGCCUUGCUGCCUUUCAGCCACAGUUAUGGUCUUGUUUCCUAUUUAUGGGCCAUGCCUUAUUUGGCUCAGACUAUGGUGGUGUUUGAUGGCUUUGAUUUCGAGCACCUGCUCAAAAGCAUCUGUGAAUAUGACGUUGGCUAUUUCGCUGCGGUGCCCCCUAUGGUACUCAUGUUGGCAAAAUCACCUUUGGUCGACAAGUAUCCGGUUGGCAAACACCUCAAAGUCGUUGUUAGCGGAGCAGCACCCCUUGCAGCUUCGACCCUGAAGUUGUGUCGGGAGAGACUGCCUGAGGUUGUGUUUAACCAGACCUAUGGUUUGACCGAAGUCUCUCCUUACUCCCAUAUGGUCGGAUACAUGUCUCGUCACAUGUAUAACAAUUCAAUUGGUUGGCUUAUCCCUAAUAUGAGAGCCCGGCUUGUUGAUCCAGAGACGCUGACGGAUGUUCCGCCCGGGCAGCCUGGUGAGCUAUGGCUGCGCGGUCCAAAUGUUAUGCUGGGCUAUUAUAAAAACCCAGAGGCCAACAAUGCAGCCUUCCAUGAAGGCUGGCUACGCACUGGCGACGUUGCCAGAAUCGACGAGACAGGCCAGUAUUUCAUCGUUGACCGCCUCAAGGAGCUGAUCAAGUCAAAGGGCCACCAGGUGGCACCUGCAGAGCUCGAAGGGAUUCUACUUACCCACGAGCACGUUAUAGAGGCUGCAGUCAUUGGGGUUCUUGACGAAACCGAAACAACCGAGAACCCUCGAGCCUUUUUGGUCCUACGUCCAGAAGCCGACGUCGAGCAAAUCCUAUCUUGGUUCAACUCACUCGUUUCUAAACACAAACGACUCUGGGGCGGUAUUGUCAUUGUUGACCAGAUCCCGAAGUCUGUGAGCGGCAAAAUCAUUCGUCGAACUUUGCGGGCGCGCAAAAACGAUACAGUUUACACCCCAGUCGAUGCCAAGCUCUAA